GAGCAAAACCCUAGCCCUAGCUUAGGAGGGCCAAUCCAGCAGGGCGCCCUGAUGCAGCAUCGUCUGAUGAGCUCAAAGCUGAAAAUGUUCCUGGACCUCAGGCAGGGGCGCACUUUGCAGCGCUCUCUGAGUAGAGAAGGGGUUCUGACUUGGUGGACAAAUGUGAGAAGCUCGGUGCAUCUUCCAAUAAGAAGUGGUCCCUGGAAAGUUUUCUUCUGGUACGUUGGAAGAUUCAGAGUGUGGGGGCAGCAAAAGAGUUUUCAAAUGAUCGCACUUACAAAAGCAGUGCCAUGACCACCACUUCUUAUCGAAGUGUUCACCGGCUUCCUCCAUCAGGAAGUGAUGCCAGGGGAGGGGGGAGGGGCAAUCUGGGACUGAAGUGAUUGUAACGUAAGCGCAGCUCCUUUUCACAUUCACAAGCCUUGCCCCACCUUCCGCAUGAGUGAGCUCAUUAUGCAAACUUACUGCAACAACAUGGAGGAUUUGGAUGUGCUUCAUUUGAGAGGCCUUCAACUGCUGCAGAGGUUUCAACAAGAUGUUGAACUUUUCCAGAGGCCUCCUAUCAUCAAACAAGAUGGGGCGCUGGCUGAUCUUGUCGCCACCGCCAGGUCCCCUGGCUUGAUCGCGUACCAGGAAGCCGGUUGUAGGAAGGUUGACGAAGACCGCGGCCUGGUUGUCCGCUUGAACACAACACUGUGUGACUUGCAGGAGCAAUUUUCAAAAAAUCUGGCUAGUCUGAAGCAAAUGCAAUGUGGUCAAGAAGACUGCGAGAAACAACUCCUAGACAGCUUCGCACCCGGCACUCCAUGCGACUGUGCGGAUGAUCCAGAAGGCGCUUCACCUCCAGACGAAGAAAUGGAUGUUGAGAGGCCGGCUUUGGAACCGUCAAGGGGUGGAGAGGUCCCGACUUGCAAUCAUGGAGGAGGCAGUCUCACCGGCAGUCGUGCAACCAUGGGACGUGCAAUAUUGACUAUGUACGAGAAGGAUGUGGAGAUGAAGGCAAGGAUCAUCAACGAUUUGAAGCUCGACAGUCCAAGUCAUGUGCUCCAAGCCUACAGCAUCAUGUGGGAGUUGAGACCAUACGUGUCGGAAGAAGCUUUAGAAGAGUUCCAAAGCUGGUCGGAGAGCGCUGGCUAGCGAACGUUGUCAGCAGGUUGGUAAGCCGAAGCGCGCUAAGUGCUGUAUCUCAACCGCCAAUUGUUUGCAGAGCCCCUGCAGAUCUUGUCGCUGUAUGCUCAAAUUCCGGAAAGAACAAGGUUGACUGACAACCUGCAAUGAUCUAAAUUCGGUGUCUCAAUUUUAGGUCAAUGUCCGGUCUCAAAUCUAGCUGAAAGUCCCAGCUGACCUAGCUGGCCUGCGUAUUUGUGUUUACCUGGACGCAGUUCUUAGCUGAG